CCGAGACUCCAGCGCCUGAUGAUGGUCCCCGAUUUGGACUCCAUGACCCCAGAUGUUCGUGUGCGGAUUUAAAUUGCUUGUGCUGCAUGGGAGUGCGGUUUGAGAAGUUUAAUUUCCAUCAGAAAGUUUGUUCCGCCUUUAGCUACGAGCCGUACGAUUUUGCCAUUAAUCUGGAGGUCUUCAUGAAUGACACCACGGUGUACACGAAUUCGCUCUCAGCCAAGAAUCCACCGGCGCUCUGUUUGCCGGUACCGAUACCCUACAUUCCCGUGAUGGCCACCCUCUGUUUGCGGCUGUUCGAUAUCUACACCCCCGGGCGCAAUGUGCACCUGUGUCUCGACAUAGAGGCCCGGGUUUGGUCGCUGCCCAUCCUGGUGCUGCACUUCGAGUGCAUGCGCAUGGGGGCGGACGGAGUACUGUUUCUUAAGCCGACCGACGGUGACGGUUUUCUGUCUGUAGCGGAAACGGUGCCCCCCGAUGCCUACGACGAGAUCACGGAAGAAACGGUUGAUUGCGAGCAGAGAUUGCAUGCGGAAACGCCGUGCUGCAAAUGA